AUGGAUGGGCGCAUCGCGGCGUUUCGCAUCACCUCCAAGGCUUUGGCGCUGGCGCUCAGGUCAACCUGGGAUGCCAGCGAUGAGGUGGAGCAGAUCAUCUGCUAUCGUCCGUUCAUCGAUCCCAUGCACUUCUUUGACAAAGCCAAGACGAAGCUCGCAGAGAUGGAGGCUCUUGCUGAACACGACCUGUUGCCCCCGUCUGUCGGGCGUAGGGAUAGUUCAGGUGACGCUUCCCACAGAGCCAACGAUCCGAGUCUAGUGGCCCAACUCCGAGGUUAUGUGGAGUUCAUGGAGGAGGAGAUUGUGCCGUUUUACUCCCAUAUCAAGACCCUCACUGCUGCGGAUGACUUCUGUGUGGAGUUCGAUGAUCUCUUCCAUCUGUUCCAGCCCGGCGAUAUUAUUGUCUACCCCGAAGCUGCUCUGCACCAUGAAAGAGUUACCAGAAGUAAUCGCGGAGAUCAGAAGCUGUGGCGGGUGUUCUCCAAGGUGUGGAAAGUAGAUAGCGACGAAUUUGUGGUCAAGGCGUAUUGCAUCGACUACAACGGGGAUUCUUACGUCUGCACCCAAGAGUCCUUUACGAUCUGGCGGUUCGAAGGCGUGGCAAGCGUCUCCUCGCUGAAGGUCUUUCCGAUCCGGUUCGCGAGCAACAUGCAGGCACUCUACGACGAUGCAAAGAGACAGGGAGAAGCCUUCCAGAAAUUCAUCAAGAGCAAACUGGUAGCUCACAACGGGUGGGCAUCUGAGCCGAACCCGACCGACCCAACGCUUCGAUACAUCACCGGAGAUGUGGUGAUCGAUUUCGCAGAAACAUUCAAAGCCCAUCCGGACUGCAAGCCAGUUUCGGAGCUACCUGAUGUCAACUAUACCGACAAGAAAAACUCCACGGCUCCUGACGAUGACGCUAAAUGGAGCUGGGUGAAUGGGGAAAAGCUGGAGGAGUCGAAAGAAAACUUCACCUGGUAUGAUGGAUCGUACGUUGAAUGGGUGGAGAGAUCAGAGUAUUGUCGCGACCAGGAUCCAUUUCUCUCCAAUCUCCUCAAGGGGGAACAAGGGCGAUACAACUUGCGGGAAGAAGAUCUGUAUUUGCUUCCGCACAGGCUGUUCGCGUAUUCCCUCCAGGACCGACGGUUCGUCGCCGUGGAUGUGGACAACUUGAAGCCCAUUGAAUAUCAGGGCUCCAAGUUCGACGACCUGAUCAUCAAUCAGGCCCAUGAGAGAAUGCUGCGAGCGCUGGUAGAGUCCCACUUCAGUAGAAAGGAGACCAUUGACUUGAUCGGCAGCCGGAUGACAGCCCAGGACAUCUUUGAGAAUAAGGGAAGGGGGCUUGUGAUUCUCCUUCACGGAGUGCCCGGCGUGGGCAAGACAUCCACGACGGAGACAAUCGCCAGUGAAUUCAAGAAACCACUGCUUCCCAUCACCUGCGGCGACCUUGGACUGGAUCCCGCAACGGUGGAACAAUCGCUCAAGGAGAUUUUUCGCCUAGCCCAAGUGUGGGAUUGCAUUUUGUUGCUUGACGAGGCCGAUGUCUUUCUCACGGAGCGAGUGCCAUCUGAUCUGAGCCGGAACGCCCUCGUGUCAGCAGUCUUCCUCCGAGUCUUGGAUUACUACACAGGUGUCUUGUUUCUGACCACCAAUCGGGUCGGCACUAUCGACGAAGCCUUCAAAUCCCGACUGCACGUCAGUCUGUAUUAUCCGCACCUGAAGCGGAACCAAACCGAGAAGAUCUGGCAGAUCAAUCUGCGGCGGCUUACGCAGAUCGAAGAAGAACAAAGCCGGAUCACCGGCCAGCCGUCCAUGACGGUGGACCAUGAUGGGAUCAUGGAUUUUGCCAGAGAACACUACCAGAAAGGUCGAGAGAGCGGGAACGGGGUAUGGAACGGAAGGCAGAUUCGUAAUGCAUUUCUCAUUGCCUCUGCGCUGGCCCGUUUCGAAAAGAGUCGCAGCCCACAACAGCAACCGGCGAAACCGUACGAUCUAAACGCCAGCCAUUUCAAGACGGUCGUCGAAGCUGGAUUCGGGUUCGAGAGAUAUCUCCAUGAAGUCAAGGGCAAGACCGACGGGGAAGCGGCAUUCCUGCAAGGAACUCGCGCAGACUAUAUCCUAUCGUCUCAGGGCAAGCCGGAUCAAAGCAGCGGCAGCAGUCCAGGUCAAGGCACACCCAGAAACCUACCCCAUCGACCAGUCACGCCUGUUCGGAACCCAGCCAAUGCCGGCUGGAACGGUGGAUAUCAUAAUCCCGGUGCAGCUGUUCCUUCUCAAGCAUACGCCGGCGGCGGAGGAGUAGUAGCAGCAGCAGGAGGAGGAGCCUACGCAGAAGCUCCCCAGCAUCAAGCCGCGUCCUAUCUGUCCCCGACUCACACCCUUCUCCAUCCACAGCCACAGUUCUCUAUGGAAGCUGGCACAUUUCAGGAUAGAUGGGGUCAACAACAGGCGAGAAGCUUGCCGUUCGGUGCGCCACACUCCAUGGCCACCGGUCAUCCUGCAGUUCAGCCGUCCUUGGGGAGCAGGCCGGCCGGCCAAUCUGGGUACCGUCAUGACUCCGAUGAUGAUUAG